AUGUACCAGCCGAACCGUAAUUAUACAGCACAUGACAGCAUACGAUCCAAUAUAACUGCAGUAGCUGGCAUCAAUUUUGAAGCAGAGAAUCAGUACCGAAGAGUGAACCAUAAAGUUUCGAAACCGUUGACUAAAAGGACUGUGCUGGGCGAUAUUACACAGCAAGCAUCAAACAGGCAGCAUCGAAGUGAAUCUAACACACAGAAAGCUGACAAUGCUAUUUCUAUUUACAGAGAUUCCAAUGACAGUUUGAGGAAGAGAAUUAACGACGUUCUGUCAGAUGAUAGUUUUCAACAUCAAAAUAACUAUGAAGUUGAGAAGAUAACAACUCGACUUUUACCUGUAUAUACGGAACAAUCCAAGAUUUUAUUAGAUUAUGCAUUUGAAACCCUAUUUUCCUCUGUACCUGAUCCAGCUGACGAAGAUACAUAUGAUCCUGUGAUGGUGUCAGAAUUAAGUGUGGACAUUUUUCACUAUUUCCAAGAAUUAGAAGUCAAAUAUUCUCCAAAUCCAAAUUACAUAAUACAUCAACCUGAAUUAACUUGGUCCGUACGGGCAACGUUAGUGAACUGGAUAGUGGAAGCACAUGGCAGAUUUCAAUUAUUACCAGAAACUUUAUUUCUCACAAUUAACUUGAUGGAUAGGUUUCUUUCAAAGAAAAUAAGUACCUUAAAUCGUCUUCAAUUAGUUGGAGCCACUGCCUUGUUUAUCGCUUCUAAAUAUGAAGAAAUAAACUGCCCCAGUUUGGAUGACCUUACAUAUGUCUUAGAUGAUAGAUAUACACGAGAUGAGAUAAUUCAAGCUGAAAAAUAUAUGAUAAAUGCUCUUGAAUUUGAAAUUGGCUGGCCGGGACCAAUGUCUUUCUUAAGAAGAAUAAGUAAAGCGGAUAAUUAUGAUUAUGAGGUAAGAACCUUAGCAAAAUACUUUUUGGAGACUACUAUAAUGGAUUCAAAAAUGAUUAGUUCGCCAACGAGUUGGCUUGCAGCUGGUUCAUAUUACUUGGCCAAAAUAGUAGCUCAUAUGGAUAAAAACUGGUCAUUGAAGCACGUAUAUUUUUCAGGUUAUACAAGGGAACAAUUAGAAGAGCUUGUAAACUGUAUAUUGGAAAAUUGCAAAAUCGGUAAAUCCAAUCACAGAGCCGUUUGGAAUAAAUAUUCAACUAAGCCAUAUGGUUGCUGUGUUCAAAUUUUUGAAAAAUGGCUAGCUAUAUCAGGAUUUUAA